AUGGCCGCCUCCCAACCACCUUUUUCAUACCGCCGCCUCAUCCACGACAAUCAAGCUCAGUUCGAGUCACUCAUCCAAAAUGGCCAAGUGAAGCCCGUGCUAUUGUGGCAUCUGACACUGCCCCUUGUGCUGUCCAUUCUAGCGCUCCUUGUUCCGCUUGACAAAGGUGGCCGCUAUGUUCGCCCCCUGAUGCUGGCGUGCGUCAUAGGCAUCAUCGGCAAUGUUCUCCAGCAUCGACGCAUGCUCAUGGGAGGUAAUGGCUACAUGGCCGGUCUUCUUCCCGUAUGGAGUACCAUCUGGGCCGCGACGAUUCUUCUCUUCCGCAAUGUUGAGCGCGACUUCAAACGCCUGGAGCGCCGCCCAUUAUCAUCUAUCGCAGCUGUCCCAAAUGGAGUUGCGGCCAACGGUCAUGCCAAAGAACCAAAAUGCAUAGACAUUACCAACGACAGCAGCACUGAAUCUGUCAUAUGGCAACCAUACCCACAGAACCUUUCUCACCGUAUCAACUGGGUCAUAAGCGUGACCACCAGCAUGCGUGGGCCCGAAUGGAACUGGCGCAUCUCCUCCAUGGACGCCUUACCAGCCUCAGUCCAGGCACAGCUCAACAACUCCUCAGAGCAUCAUGAAGAAAAAGUAAACAAAACCACCCCUCCAAAGCCCAUUACUAUGCGCGCUCGCCUCCGCACCACACUCAUCCUUUUCCUCCAAUCCUACCUCCUCCUCGACCUAAUCAAACUUCUCAUGAUCCGCGACCAAUACUUCAUGGGCAGCGUAUCUCCUCCCGCACCACCCCCCUUCCCCUUCCACCACCUAACCCCCUACCCCCUCCUCAUCCACAUCUACCGCUGUUUAGUAACAGCCACCGGCGUCUUCGCCGCCCUCAAUUACGUGACAUGCCUAAACCCGCUCAUUUUCGGCGGUCUCUCCCUCGCCUUCCCCAACGCCGCCAAAUCCCUCACCUCCGUCCCCCUCUCCGCUCCCUACCUCUACCCCCCAGCCUUCGGGCCCUUCCUCACCCCGAUCCUCGACCACAGCCUCGCCGGCUGCUGGAGCCUCUGGUGGCACCAGCUCUUCCGGUACGGCUUCGUCUCCGCGGCCCACUGGCUCCUCUCUCUCCUCCCCUCCCGUCUAUCAUCUUCCCGCCCAGUCCGCCGUACACUCACUGCCCUCGUCGCCUUCUCUCUCAGCGGUCUCGUCCACGCCUCCGGCAGUUACGUCCAGACCCGCGAGACCUAUCCCCUUGCAGGUCCCUUCCGCUUCUUCGUUCUCCAGGCGGUUGGGGUUCUCGUUCAGGGGAUGAUUUCCCCGCUAUGGUUGUGGAUGCCGCGGCCGGUGAGACGGACUUGUAAUGCUGUCUUCGCGGUGACCUGGUUGUUUGGGACGGCGGGACCCUUGGUGGAGGAUUUUUCGAGGGGUGGGUUGUGGCUUACGGAGCCGUUACCGGUGAGUUUGUUGAGGGGAUUGGGGAUUGGUGUGCAUGAUGGGGAUCAGGGGUGGUGGUGGUGGAGUGGGAAGUGGUUUGGGAGGUGGGAUGGAGGGGAAGGGUUUUGGGAUAGGGGAGUGAGGUUGUAUUGA